AUGUGCGCACUCAAGCAUGCAGAGGACGUGGCCUUGAAGUCAUCCAGGUACGGUGUUGCAGUGUCAUGGGAUCUUGAAGGAAAGGCCGUGGAUUUAGAUUUGCAGGCUGUUGUAGUUGAUGAUCGAGGAUGUAUAGUUGAUGCGGUGUACUACAACAACAUGAAGGCACUUAAAGGAUCCCUAACUCAUUCUGGUGAUGAGCAGACGGGUCAGAAGGAAGGUUUCGACGAGCUUAUCUGGGUGAAUCUGCCAAAGUUGCCAGAGAACAUCAGGUUGUUGAUCUUCGUAGUUGCCGCGUACAGCGGUGGCAGUUUGCGUGAUGCCAAGAACGGAAAGCUGCACGUGCUGGAGGGGAACAAAGACUGCCAGGUGGCAUGCUUUGCAUUGGAGCAAAGCAUCUAUGCAGUGGACGCUGUUGCAUCCAUUCUUCGCACGGACAGUGGCUGGCACAUGCAGAUCAUUGAAGAGCCGGCGAGAGAAGGCCGGCACUUCAUCGACAUCCUCGAACCAGUGCUGGGGAACAUUAUCCGUGCUGCAAUUCCGGGAGCCCCCAAGCGCCAGAAGGUGGCUUUUGCAAUGGAGAAGGCAUCGGUCGUGGACUUGCCACAAGCUGAAUCCCUCGGCAGCGUGCAAGCUUGCCUAGGGUGGGAUGUGUCCCCGGAUGCUGGUGGUGAUGUCGACUUGGACGUGUCUGCAGUUGUUGUGGGUGGUGACGGGCAGGUCAAGGGUGCCGUCUUCUUCGGCGAGCUGGAGGGCUGGGCCUUGACACACAGUGGGGAUAAUCUCACGGGCGAGGGCGACGGGGAUGACGAGGUCAUCACGGCCAAUCUUCAACGAAUUCCGGCGGACAUUCAUCAAAUCGUUUUCGUGGUUAAUGUUUACACUCGUGGAGUCACGUUUGAGAAGGUGUCCAACGCGUAUUGCCGCAUAUUGGAUUCAUCUGGUGAGGAGAUGGCUCGCUAUGUAUUGCGAGAGGGCCGCGGUGAGCGAGGGCUUAUUAUGGCCAGACUGUUCAGGGAGGGUGGUGGAGAUGGAGAGCGAUGGGGGUUCCAGGCCCUCGGCAGCUUUUGCAGGGGUCAGACGUGGAAGGAUUCAGUUCCUGACAUCCAAGCGCUCGCGAGAAAAACUGCAAGACAGCUGCAGAUGCGUUCUGGCACCAUGAGCUUUGCACAGGAGUCAACCAGCGAACCUGCAGUUGUCGCCACCCCAAUGAAAUCGGAGGACUCGCCAAAGUCUGGUGCGUGCGAUGUCAUGUAG